AUGGGGCUUAAACUCAUUUUAGCCUAUCUAAUAUUAUACCUAGAUUUAAUGAAACCUGGUUUUGGAUUAAUUGGAAAUAAUCUAAAAAACGCUGCAUUUAAUUGUUUUACUAAUAUUGUUUAUAAAAACAAAUAUCUUACAAACGUAGUCAACAAAAAACUUAUGAAAAUGUCUGAUGAGGAAGAAAGAGCAAUUGCAGCUGCAGGGAAAGAUGAAAACGGAGACUCGAUUUUUGGAAAAAUUGUAAGAAAGGAAAUAAAAGCAGAUAUCGUAUACGAAGACGAUAAGGUUCUUGCUUUUAACGAUAUCAACCCUCAAGCACCUGUACACAUAUUAGUCAUUCCAAAAAUUCGAGACGGUUUAACAAGACUUAGUAAAGCCGAAGAAAAACACAAAGAAAUACUUGGUCACCUAAUGUGGGCAGUUGCAGAAAUAGUGAGAAAAAAUAAUUUAGGAGAUUUUCGUCUAGUUGUAAAUAAUGGACCUGAAGCUUGUCAAUCUGUUUAUUAUCUUCAUUUACAUAUUUUAGCAAAACGACAAAUGAAAUGGCCCCCCGGAUAA